AUGAUCAGAUUUUUCAAAGUGGUACUGAGUGAUUUCAAAUGUACAAACCUUACAGCUGCAGACCGUAACGGAUUCAGUGAUCCGUACAUAAAGGGUAACUUUGAUAACUUUAGAACAUUCAAAACUCCAUACAAAAAGAAGACACUCAAUCCUCAAUGGGAAGGCUUCAGCGUUGAAUUUGAUUAUCACACAAAAUUCGGAUCUAAACUUCAUUUAAAGAAAUUCUUGAUUGAUGUCUACGAUCAUGAUAUGCUCGGAAAGGAUAACUUUUUAGGAUGUUGUGCCGUGGACUUAUUCACAUUGGCAUCAGGUCCAGUAAAACAAUGCAUUACUCUUCGUUCUCAGCUCAAUGCUAAAGAUAAUUGCGGAUGCAUUGAAUUUAACUGUGUCAUGGAGGAGAUCACUAAAAACUUUGUGAUUUGCUUGUCCCACAUGAAGGUCGAAUUUCAACCUCCACUAGAUGAACCAAAGAAUUUGAGAUGUAUUGCUCACACCGAAUUAACAAACUCUCAAGAUAGCAACACAAUUGUUUGUAGACAAGUUCAAACAGAAGCUACGUGGACUCAAAUACCAAAUUUAGAAGUUAAGAACGUUUCUUUGAGAGAAGUCAUGGGUGAUUCUGUUGUCAUUAAGAUUAAACACGAAAAAACUGGUCUCGACCCAACGAUUGCAAGAGUUACAAUCGAUUUGAAAGACGUGUUAGAAAAAUUCCUUGAUGAAAACAGAACAGUUUCUGCAGGAGAUAGCAUUGAAGAUGACAUGGUACCAAUCAAACUUUCUGGUAUCCCUGUACAUUACAAGAAUUCAGACAACAAUCCAAAUUCUUCGUUUAAGAAGUCAAAAUCCUCUCCAUUUAAUUUGAAGAGUAGUAGCUCUGAGGUUGAGAAUGCUAUUAUUGGAAGCUCAUCAUUGGUUGCUGAAAGACCUUUAGGAUUUUGUGAAAUCGAAAUAGGAUUUAUGGGAAUGCCAAUUUAUGCACAAAUGAUCAGUGGAAUUAAUAAGGAUAAAGUAGUUACAGGAAAACCUCUCUUGGAAAAUCUUCCUGUUCCAGUUGGAUUUGUUUUCGAAAAUGACAAAUCAACAAGAAGAAAGAGCGUGGACCUACAAUCCUCAACCUCACCAUCUACCAAUGAAAGAAGACCCUCUGUAAGUCAGCAAGCAAAUUUACCGACCUCUCCUGGUCUUCCAUAUGGUUGGGAAAGAAAGGUCGAUAAGAGAACCAAUAAGGAAUAUUUUGUGAAUCAUAAUACCAGAACAACACAUUGGAGUCUUCCAACUUCUGAAAAUCUUGAGAACAAGGCUCAAUUGGAAGACGAACAUACAGGAGAGAUUGCUGAACUUCAAAUGGUUGAAAAUCUGCAACCAGUAAAACGAGAUUCAACUGUUCCAGUUUUCUCUGCCAACCCAGGAUCUCCAGGACAAAAUCUGGUCAUUCCACAACAGCAACAAACUCCACAACAAUCUCCACAAACUCCAUCUGGCUUGCAACCUAAUUUGCCAACGACUCCUGGCCUUCCAUACGGUUGGGAAGAGAGGUUAGAUCCUGGUACUGGACGAACUUACUUCAUUGACCACAACACCAAGAGAACUCAGUGGAACAGGCCUGUGGACAAUCCAAAUAUUGAUUUGGCACAAAAAUUUAACAACAUGAACAUUAGCAAUAACAACCCUCCUGUAAUGCCUCAAAUGGGUGGGUAUCAACAACCUAAUUAUCAACAGAAUUAUACUACUACUGGACAACCAUUGUAUCAAAUGCCUUAUCGUUCACCUGGCUCUCCUCAACAACCAAAUUUGAGCUAUCUUCAACCAUGUCAACCAUUGUUGACUCAAAAACCUCUUCCACAAGGUUGGGAAGAACGAAUUGAUCCAACCACAGGACGUACUUAUUAUUUGAAUCAUUUUGCAAAGACCACACAAUGGGAACGACCAAAUUACUGA